GACGAGCUCCCAGGACACUCCAUUUGAUUUGUUUUUGAUACGCGAAUGCUCAAAGAACAAGAAAUCAACGAUGUUUGCACCGUGUGUUAAGUACCCUACAAGGCUCAGGGAGGAUUAUUUCAGCAUCGAAGACAUCCUGACGACUCAAGAGAAGGUUCCGUGUAAGUUCCAGUCGGCAGUGAUCGGGAUCGGCUUCCUGGACCCCGGGGCGGAGGGGGACGACUUGGCGGCGGGGACGGCCAUGGAGCUCCCGUACUGGCUGGCCCGGGCACUCUGCUCCAGGAAGAGAAGAAUAGUGACAGUAGAAAUGCCCAAGCCGUACCGUGAGGGGUACAGACAGAUCCUGUCUGCCGAUGCUAACGUGGUAGAUCUACACAAGCUGGGGCCGUACUACUACGCCUUCGGGAUGUACCUGCAGAGUUUUGGGCUGCCUGACGCUGGAGAGAUAGCCAACACCUUACUACAGACUUUCAGCACCAGGUUCCGGCGAAUCAUGGACUCGGCGCAGAACUGUCUGAAUGAGGACACGACGGCGGUGACGGGGAAACUGGACGAGCUGGAGCGUGUGUUGUUCCGCGUGGGACAGGAGGGGCUGACGGCGUUCCAGUGCUGGCAGAGCGGACAGAGCGCCAAGAUCGUUCCCUCCACCAUGGUCACUAACUACAGGAAGAGGAAACGACAGGACGGAGACUAGACCAGUUUUCACACCAUGUUCUUCUUUAGAAAGGAGGGCUGUACAGUUGAUGUCUCCAAAUUUGUAAAAGUAGCAGUAAUUUGUAAAAGAGUUCUAUUUCAGUAUUCAGUAUCUCGCAUGUAUUGAUGUAAGGACAAUGGAAUUAGAGAAAAUAUAUGGAACUGAAGUCAUUUUACUGGUGUUGUCUAAGAUGAGAUGGAUGUGUAUGGAUUUACUACUGUAUGCAUACAUUUAACAUUAAAAUACUGACAUGUAAGUGUAAACAAUGUGUACCGUAUCAUACAAAUAUAUGUCAAGUGCAUGGUUGCAUACUGACUCAAACUGAUUUUAAUAUUGUUACACAAACUGCUAUUAAAGACACAAUAAUAUCU